AUGGCGGCGCUUCCCGGCACGGUACCCAGGAUGGUGCGGCCGGCUCCGGGGCAGAACUACCCGCGCACGGGGUUUCCCCUGGAAGUGUCGACUCCGCUUGGCCAAGGCCGGGUCAAUCAGCUGGGUGGGGUCUUCAUCAACGGGCGACCCCUGCCAAACCACAUCCGCCACAAGAUUGUGGAGAUGGCCCACCAUGGCAUCCGGCCCUGUGUCAUCUCCCGCCAGCUGCGUGUCUCCCACGGCUGCGUCUCCAAGAUUCUCUGCCGCUACCAGGAGACCGGGUCCAUCCGGCCUGGGGCCAUCGGCGGCAGCAAGCCCAGACAGGUGGCGACUCCGGACGUGGAGAAAAAGAUCGAAGAGUACAAGAGGGAAAACCCAGGCAUGUUUAGCUGGGAGAUCCGAGACCGGCUGCUGAAGGACGGGCACUGUGACCGCAGCACCGUGCCCUCAGGUUUAGUGAGUUCGAUUAGCCGAGUGCUCAGAAUCAAGUUCGGGAAGAAGGAGGAGGAGGACGAAGCGGAUAAGAAGGAGGAGGACGGCGAGAAGAAAGCCAAGCACAGCAUCGACGGCAUCCUGGGCGACAAAGGGAACCGCCUGGACGAGGGCUCCGACGUGGAGUCAGAACCCGACCUCCCUCUGAAGCGUAAGCAGCGCCGCAGUCGGACCACGUUCACGGCCGAGCAGCUGGAGGAGCUGGAGAAGGCCUUCGAGAGGACCCACUACCCAGACAUCUACACCCGAGAGGAGCUGGCGCAGCGGACCAAGCUGACAGAGGCGCGCGUGCAGGUCUGGUUCAGCAACCGCCGUGCCCGCUGGCGUAAGCAGGCAGGAGCCAACCAGCUGGCAGCGUUCAACCACCUCCUGCCAGGUGGCUUCCCGCCCACUGGCAUGCCCACGCUGCCCCCCUACCAGCUGCCGGACUCCACCUACCCCACUACCACCAUCUCCCAAGAUGGGGGCAGCACCGUGCACCGACCCCAGCCGCUCCCGCCGUCCACCAUGCACCAGGGGGGCCUGGCCGCGGCGGCCGCAGCCGCGGACACCAGCUCUGCCUACGGAGCCCGCCACGGCUUCUCCAGCUAUUCCGACAGCUUCAUGAGCCCAGCGGCCGCCUCCAACCACAUGAACCCCGUCAGCAACGGCCUGUCGCCUCAGGUGAUGAGCAUCCUCAGCAACCCCAGCGCGGUGCCGCCGCAGCCGCAGGCCGACUUCUCCAUCUCGCCGCUGCACGGCGGCCUGGACUCCGCCACCUCCAUCUCGGCCAGCUGCAGCCAGCGGGCGGACUCCAUCAAGCCGGGAGACAGCCUGCCCACCUCCCAGUCCUACUGCCCGCCCACCUACAGCACCACCGGCUACAGCGUGGACCCCGUGGCCGGCUACCAGUACGGCCAAUACGGCCAGACUGCUGUUGAUUACCUGGCCAAAAACGUGAGCCUGUCCACACAGCGUCGCAUGAAGCUCGGGGAGCACUCGGCCGUGCUGGGACUGCUGCCUGUGGAAACCGGCCAGGCUUACUAG